GGCGGAAGUGAUCUGCGCGGUGUAUUGUGGGGAGUGUGGUUCCGGUGCGGAGAAGCAGCCAGGGCCGGAGCGGACUACAAGUCCCGUCAUCCUACUACCGAGUGACAUCUGCGGAUACUAAGCCCACCCCAGAGAACCGCGCAGACCCGCCCGGCGACCGGACAACAUGAGAGAUAAACAGAAGCGCCGCAGAGAACGCACGUGGGCCGAGGCCGCCAAGAUGGUUUUGGAGAAUUACUCCGAUGCACCGAUGACCCCUAAACAGAUCCUGAAUGUGAUUGAGGCUGAAGGGCUGAAAGAGACAAAGAGCGGGUCCUCCCCUUUGGCGUGUCUGAACGCCAUGUUACAUUCCAACUCCAGGACACGAGAAGCCAUGUUUUACAAGCUCCCGGGCCGCAUCAGCCUCUUCACUAUGAAGAAGAACGCAGUGCAGUGGUCUCGUGUGGUGUCGCUGCCUGACGAUGGAGACGCAGAGGACACCGCAGAUGAGGAGGGAAGCCAGUGGACCGAGGACAGCUCAGUGCCUGCAGCAGAAACGUCAAGCAGUGCGUCCUGUUCUCAAGAGUCACAUGUCCGAGAAACCAGGUCCCUAGUACAGAUGAAUAAGCAGAAGAGAAGAAGUGGGGUGCUGCUGCCUCGGGUUGUCCUUACACCUCUUAAAGUAAACGGGGCUCAUCUGCCCUCCACUUCAGGUUUGUCAGUUCGCCGCGUAGAAAGUGAAUCUUCCAGUAACAGUGCUUUGAGGGGCAGCCUAGCUUUUCACAGACGAUCAGCCUUAAGCGGCAACUCCACCCAUCAUCUGAGAAGCCUAAAGAACAUCUCUGCUCCAGGACAAGUGAGGAAGAAGGAGGAGGAGAUCGACUUUGAGACUCCUGGUUCCAUCCUAGUGAACACUAAUCUUCGCGCCCUGAUAAAUGUGCGGAUGUUCAAUGCUCUCCCGGCGCACCUCCAGCAGCAGCUUCUACUACUCCUCCCAGACGUGGACAGACAGGUCAGCCCAGAUGGACAGUUGCGGAUGAGUGGGAGCGCCCUGAAUAAUGAGUUUUUUGCUCACGCGUGUCAGAGGUGGAGGGAGAGGCUGGCAGAAGGUGAAUUCACUCCUGAGGCUCAGCAGCGGAUGAGACAGGAGAUGGGAAAGGAGAAGAAAGUUGAAGACUGGAAAGAGAAGUUCUUUGAAGAUUUCUAUGGACAGAAGCUCGGGUAUUUGGAGGAGCCAGGAUCUGAUCUGGAAGAUAAGUCUUAUGAAACACCUUGCCUACAGCAAGAGAAGCCGAGAACAAAUCUAGAACCUGCUCAGAAACAGGAGGUGGUUCCUGAUGUUCACAUCAGAACUCGGAGGAGUCUUUACAGGAACACUAAAAAGAUCCAACGUAACCUUCCAGGCACUGCUGAAGUCAAAGUUACCACCUCUCCUCCCCUUCCUCUGGAGACAACGGAGUCUGAUCCUUCAGCUGUGGAGAGCAGAUUGUCCAAAAGAGAUGACCUCAGCCUCCCCUCCACCUCCGAGAGAGUGCCCGAACUUCAUCCCGAGAUUACAUCGGAGCAGAAGAGGAAGACCACCGAGCCAGAAAUCUCCAGCCCCUCCCUCGAAAAGAAGCCACGGAUGGAACAGCGUCAGUCCUUUCGUAACACAAUUCAGAGUGUUCACCCCGAAAAGCCACAGCCCACCAAAGAAGAACCAAAAGUCCCACCAAUCCGGAUACAGCUUUCUCGGAUCAAACCUCCCUGGGUGGUUAAAGGUUUGCCAGCUUACCAGAUCUUCCACCGGAUCAUCCCAAACCCUGAUCCCACUGGGUGCUGGCCUUCUCCCUGCUCGCCUUCUGACAGUCAGACCAGUGACCAUCACUCCCAGACCUCCAAUGGUGAAGGCCGAGGCAGCGGUAACCACUGCCACCACACAAGCAAAAGAAGAAGCCGGUCCAGAGGCUCCAGAAGAAGAACCAGAAAGAGAAGACAUGGAGAGAAACCAGCAAAUCGCUGCAGAACACAAUUACUGCAGGCCGUUGCCAUGAUGGCGGAGAAACAAGAAGUCCCACGGGUCAAAAUCAGCUUGGUGUCAAGUGAUGCAGGCAAUGUUCAUAAUGACCAUGGCACGAAUGACUCACUUACCAAAGAAUGGCACCUCGAUAAGGUGAGUGUCCUAGAGGACAGCUCCCAGAAUGGCGAUAAGGAAGUUCCUAUGGCAGACAAAGAGGAGGAGAAUAUAUGUAUGAGCCAGUGUAGUGAUGAGAGGAUGUUUGCAUCCUCUAUGGAUGGCACCACAGGACAGUCCUUUGAGGGUACGCCAUGUGUUCUGGGUGACGUCUCCAAUACCUUUCAGAACAGACUCAAGCAGGUCUCGUUAUGUUCAACCGAAAAGGAUUCUUCUGAAAAUAAAACUGAUGCAGCACCAGCGGACAGCACCGAGCACCAUGUACUACCUACAUCCUCUCUAGUGCAGCCACACUCACUGGACACAGCUAAAACCUUACCCACAGGACAGUUGCCCGUGCAUGUUUAUGACCCCUCAACACCCAACACCACAUUGGACUUUGCUAGUGACCCAUGCUGUAACGGCCACCCUCAUGACAAUGUUCCUUGUCCCUUGGUCAACAGCUCACUGGAGCCAAAUAAGUCUGACCUACCCUAUGGUGCUAUACAGGCAGGGUCCUUGGAGCAGACAUUAGUGCCUGCUGCUGAGAACGUUGCUUUUGAUUGUUUUAAGGGAAACCUGGCAGUUCCUUUGCCUGUUAAUGUUGUCCCCUGCACAGCUAAUGUGUUUAAAGAGGAUGAACUUCCUGAACCUGAAGCCACGGUUGGAAAUUUUUCAGCAGGUACAAAUGAUGGACAAGAAAGGUUGUACAUGCACUCCAUUUUGUCACCUGCGAAUCUGGAGGCAGGAAAGCAUGGUAGCCCUGGCCCCACCACUGAGCCAUCAUCCAGCCCUCACCCCUUUAAGGAGAUGUCCCAGGGUUGCCAGGACAGCUGUGGAGACCAUAAACAUUCGCUGUAUAACUCGGCUGGGUUUGCUGGUAAAGUCCCCUUAUUAUUGGGUAUGCCCUUCAUCCAGUUCCCAAAGGAAGUGGGGGUCCGUGUUGAGCUGCCUGUAGACCUAGCCUUGUCUCCCCGAAAUAAGAUGGACACCUUCCUGGAGAUGUUGUCGCAGGAUGUGGCCGCCUACCAUUACUCCGCAGGGUUGCGUCUCUCCUCAAUGCCUGGGGACUGUGAGGUUACGGGCAGUGCCUCACUCUCUGUGGAAGUCUUCUCGGGAGACGGAGGGAAGGAGCAAGUUUCACUGAGGUGUUCGUGCAGCUUCAAAGCCAUGGCCAUGUGUGAGGGUUGCGGGGCCUUCUGUCACAUCGACUGCAUAGGACCUUCCAAACUGUGUGUUUCGUGCCUUGUCAUAAGAUAAUACACUGACAGCUCUAGGGGCAGUCUUCUAGUUUAGCAAGAUUUCGUAAACCAGUGACCCUUUCAUCCGGUAGUGGGGCUACAACUUCCUUGCAUGUCCUGACAGUAUGUGGCCAUGCUGAGGGUUGUAGUCCCUCCACCUUCCUGGGAAGGAGAGUGGGUUGGUGAACCCUGGUUUUUAGUGUCUGUAUUUUUCCUAAUGUUCAGAGCAACGAGAUGUUAAUAUUGUAUUAUGCUUUAUUUUGUUAGAAAUUGAAAGAAAAAAAAACUGCUGAUGAAUAUUAUUCAGCUGUUAUUGUGAUACAGGCCCUAUUGAAGGGGUAGUAAUGGUCAUGAGGGGGUGCUGUGAGGUCAACAGUCUUGGUGUUUUGGGGGUAGCUCGGUUUAUAGCCAGUCCCCCACUAAACCCAUAAGAUUACAAUUUAAGUUCACUGCAUAGUACAUUUCACAGCUUUCUGAUAUACCUUUAAUUCAUUUUCAAGCCCUUCUUGCGGUCUAUACUCUCAUAGCUUGUUACUGUUGGAUCCAAUCUAGACACGUCUCUAGGAGCUAAACAGCCUGGACUCUACCCGCCCUCAUCCACUUUAUCAGCCCAGAAGUCCAGGCUGUUGAGCUCCUAAAGUGGAUGAGGGCGGGUAGAGUCCAGGCUGUUUAGCUCACCGAGGAUUGUCUAGACUGGAGGAAGUGGGUCUCUAGCCUUGCGCUGUAAGGAAUAAUGUUCCUGCAACUGAUAACAAGCAGAGAUCUUGGAAAUGGUGGAGAAUCGAAACGCAAGGUCUGUUGCAAAGUUACAGAAACUUUCAGUAUGAGAGGCGGUAAUGACAUGUACAAUUCUGCAGCCCGACAGUUAAUCGAGGAACAGCCGGAGAUUCCUUCAUUCAGAACUCGGGGCAAAGUUUUUCUUUAACUUGUAUCUGACUGUUUUACAGUGUUUGAGGCAAGCACUACGUCUACUGUGCAGUAUAAAAGUGCAUACAGCAGCGCGACUUUUAACCCUUCUAAUCAAUAUAAUAGUAAAUUAUUCUAGGAAGUAAAAUCUGAUGGAACAGAAGGCUACAUCAUAUAUUUACUUGGCUAGUUUUUACCGAACAUUUCACUUCACUUGCGUGUACAGCAGGGGCCGGUGGAUGCUAUGGCUGAGCGUUCACUGUACUGGUGCCCAUUGUGUUUUUACCAUUUGUACAUUACUGCCCCUUCAAGCCUAGCUCGCUCAUGGAGGAUAGAGGUGAGUCUGUGGGGUCAGGGGGGUUCCCCUGCCUUCGAUUUGGUAUGGGCUGCAUGGCAGGGCUAUGGUCAGUGUUCUGGGGUGGGUUGGAGGGAGGGGGGGGGGGGUGUUGAGGGGGGUAAUUGGGUCGUCCAUCUUUUGUAUGCAUGGACAAUAUAUCUGGAAGCAGGCAGCACUGUGUGACACAUGAACAGGUUGUAUAUACAGGAGGAGAUUGGGCUUCUGCGUUCCAGUGUUUUAUCCCUGUACUGAUUAUUAUGGUGUACACAUUUCUGGCCUAUAAUAUAAAUGUAUAUUCUGUAUA